AACGUUUCACCAGCGGUCAAAGGCCGUUGGCUGCACAACGUCACGCACAUCACUGAUGACAUGUGGGACGAGCUGAGAUGUCGGAAAUUCCACGAGAACCUAACUUUAAAAACAUGGACGAGGCAACAGCUAAACAACUCAUACCCUUGUCCCUGUUAUGAACAAGACAUGAAAGAGGACUACACCUUCAAAAACAAUGAUAGCCUUUGGUCGAACAUUGACCAGUAUACCCAUUGUUACGAGUCGUGGUUCUUCAACCCAUACGACAUCAAACAGCGCUGCUGCUAUCGAUUUGGCGAGCUUCGUAAGGAAUAUCCAUUCGCAAUAGGAGCCGUGUACAUGGAUACCGAUAUUAACGCAAUUCUAGAGGACGGCUUCCGGCAGUGCUGCUCGGCGGUCAACAGUCGGCGCUACUGUCACCUCUACUAUGACGUCAACCCGCCCGACGAUUGCUCCAACUGGUCUCCCGACGAUGAGGAUUGUGGUGUAAACAUUACAACACCUCAUGCUACCAUUACAUUCGGAGAUACCCACUACAAUGAGAACGCGACAGUUUCCUGUGAUAAAGGGUAUAAAGUCAAUGGGACAUCUGGGAACAAUGUUAGUGAGGAAACAAUUACUUGCCACCUUGAUGGCUAUUGGUCAAACCCGAGCGGUUGUGUAAAGAAAGACUGUCGAGACCCGCCUACUUCCGGUCACAGUUCGAGGCAAUGUAAUUCUACAACGUACGAGAGUAAGGCUAUUUUCAAGUGUGACAGUGGAUAUCACACCGAGAACAACACAAGUCUCACCUGUAACAGUUCCGGACAUUGGGACACACCCGCACCCAACUGUACAGAUAUUGACGAGUGUACCGGUCAGAACACGUGCCACCGUAACGCCGAUUGCACAAACAACAUCGGAAGCUACAUGUGUCUUUGCAAGAACGGAUAUGACGACAUGGCCACUUCAAACACGUACGAUUCUAUUGGCCGGGACUGCCAAGACCACAACGAGUGCAACGACCCUAAAGGCACAAACUGCAAGUACAGCCGAAACCAGACUCAAUGGUGCACGAACCUGGAUCCCGGCUACUACUGUAGGUGUAAUCCGGGAUGGAAGGGAACCAACUGUGAAACAAACGUAAAUGAGUGCACUGAAUGGGAAAAGCCGUGCGGCCGCAACGCGAUAUGCCUAGACGGUUAUGGUAACUAUUUCUGCAAAUGUGAUACGGAUUUUCCCAAAGGAAACCCAUUUCUUGGAUGCUUUAAACCGGUCAUGCUGGACUUCGAAAAGACCCCAGUAUCAUGUGCACAUGGUGAUAACGAAAUUUUGGACCCCAUAAAUAUUCCAGGUGGGCGUUUCCCGUACCUCGGACAUUAUUUUGACGUAUUCCGGCCGAAUAUGAAUGGAUUUCUUGCCCUAAACUAUCCGCCAUUGUAUGAGCGAUACGGCGCCGAGAAUUCCACAUUGUGGGAGAAAUACGUGGACAACCACAUUGUUAUUGCUCCUCUGUGGACAAACAUUGACACGCGCAACAUAACGGGCGCCGGACUGUGCGUUCACGUUCUGUCAAACAAGACUGCAGAUGCAAAGGACAUGAAGAAAAUUGAGGACUUACUACAUCAAUACACUAACCGGUCAGACUUCAGCGUAGAUGUUGCCAUAUCAUUGACCUGGAGAAAUGCCACCAUACACUCACCCUACAUGCCUGGAUAUGAGCUUAUUAAACAGCAGAACCUGUCUAUGCAGGCGAUUGUGGUAACGGACGGUCUGUACACGUAUUUGCUCUUGAACUACGAUCAAGAGCAGUUCAGUAUCCAACCCGACAGCUAUACACAAGUGGCCGCCGGAUACACAUAUCCCGGGAACUUUUCUGGCAAGAUACUAGCCGACAGAAAUAACUUUAUGAACCUUAAGAAUGGCUCAAACGUUUCACCAGCGGUCAAAGGCCGUUGGCUGCACAACGUCACGCACAUCACUGAUGACAUGUGGGACGAGCUGAGAUGUCGGAAAUUCCACGAGAACCUAACUUUAAAAACAUGGACGAGGCAACAGCUAAACAACUCAUACCCUUGUCCCUGUUAUGAACAAGACAUGAAAGAGGACUACACCUUCAAAAACAAUGAUAGCCUUUGGUCGAACAUUGACCAGUAUACCCAUUGUUACGAGUCGUGGUUCUUCAACCCAUACGACAUCAAACAGCGCUGCUGCUAUCGAUUUGGCGAACUUCGUAAGGAAUAUCCAUUCGCAAUAGGAGCCGUGUACAUGGAUACCGAUAUUAACGCAAUUCUAGAGGACGGCUUCCGGCAGUGCUGCUCGGCGGUCAACAGUCGGCGCUACUGUCACCUCUACUAUGACGUCAACCCGCCCGACGAUUGCUCCAACUGGUCUCCCGACGAUGAGGAUUGUGGUGUAAACAUUACAACACCUCAUGCUACCAUUACAUUCGGAGAUACCCACUACAAUGAGAACGCGACAGUUUCCUGUGAUAAAGGGUAUAAAGUCAAUGGGACAUCUGGGAACAAUGUUAGUGAGGAAACAAUUACUUGCCACCUUGAUGGCUAUUGGUCAAACCCGAGCGGUUGUGUAAAGAAAGACUGUCGAGACCCGCCUACUUCCGGUCACAGUUCGAGGCAAUGUAAUUCUACAACGUACGAGAGUAAGGCUAUUUUCAAGUGUGACAGUGGAUAUCACACCGGGAACAACACAAGUCUCACCUGUAACAGUUCCGGACAUUGGGACACACCCGCACCCAACUGUACAGAUAUUGACGAGUGUACCGGUCAGAACACGUGCCACCGUAACGCCGAUUGCACAAACAACAUCGGAAGCUACAUGUGUCUUUGCAAGAACGGAUAUGACGACAUGGCCACUUCAAACACGUACGAUUCUAUUGGCCGGGACUGCCAAGACCACAACGAGUGCAACGACCCUAAAGGCACAAACUGCAAGUACAGCCGAAACCAGACUCAAUGGUGCACAAACCUGGAUCCCGGCUACUACUGUAGGUGUAAUCCGGGAUGGAAGGGAACCAACUGUGAAACAAACGUAAAUGAGUGCACUGAAUGGGAAAAGCCGUGCGGCCGCAACGCGAUAUGCCUAGACGGUUAUGGUAACUAUUUCUGCAAAUGUGAUACGGAUUUUCCCAAGGGAAACCCAUUUCUUGGAUGCUUUAAACCGGUCAUGCUGGACUUCGAAAAGACCCCAGUAUCAUGUGCACAUGGUGAUAACGAAAUUUUGGACCCCAUAAAUAUUCCAUAUGGGCGUUUCCCGUACCUCGGACAUUAUUUUGACGUAUUCCGGCCGAAUAUGAAUGGAUUCCUUGCCCUAAACUAUCCGCCAUUGUAUGAGCGAUACGGCGCCGAGAAUUCCACAUUGUGGGAGAAAUACGUGGACAACCACAUUGUUAUUGCUCCUCUAUGGACAAACAUUGACACUCGCAACAUAACGGGCGCCGGACUGUGCGUUCACGUUCUGUCAAACAAGACUGCAGAUGCAAAGGACAUGAAGAAAAUUGAGGACUUACUACAUCAAUACACUAACCGGUCAGACUUCAGCGUAGAUGUUGCCAUAUCAUUGACCUGGAGAAAUGCCACCAUACACUCACCCUACAUGCCUGGAUAUGAGCUUAUUAAACAGCAGAACCUGUCAAUGCAGGCGAUUGUGGUAACGGACGGUCUGUACACGUACUUGCUCUUUAACUACGAUCAAGAGCAAUUCAGUAUCCAACCCGACAGCUAUACACAAGUGGCCGCCGGAUACACAUAUCCCGGGAACUUUUCUGGCAAGAUACUAGCAGACAGAAAUAACUUCAUGAACCUUAAGAAUGGCUCAAACCGGUCAAAGGCCGUUGGGUACACAACGUCACGCACAUCACUGAUGACAUGUGGGACGAACUGA